GCGCGGCUGGGCUCCGGGUGCCCGUGGUUGGGGAGUGGUUGUUGGGUCUCCCGCGUUCGCGCGGGAACAUUGCGAUGUGCGAAUGCCAUGGUGGUAAAAGCCGCCACUUAAACAGCUACGCUGUUUGAAUUGGACUCGAGGGAAGCGGACCAGCCUGCCACUUUCAUCAGCAGUAGCCCGCCACAGAUACGGUAUCCAACGAUUGGAAAUUGUGACCCGACUUCGACUCGCCCGGAACGGGGGAGGCCUGUAGGCGCGCUGGUCUCAGCGCCUGCGAGACUGCGAGUUGGAAGCCGGCGCUUGUGGAUUUUCUUGAAUGGAGAACGAUGAGAGAAGACGUCUGAUACAUCAACAGAAUCGUCUGACAGUGGUCAACGGAAGUGCACAAUCCCUGGAGGCUGAUCCGUAGUGACAAGUGAAACCGGAUAGUGAUUGUUUUAACCGCGGUCGAUUUUAUGUGGACGACGGUCCCAUCGCGAGCGAUACGGCUUGCAUGGUGUCUCUGAAUUUAAUCAUUGGUCCUGUUCAGGGCAUGGAACAUGCGCUGGUGGAUCAUGUGUCAUGGGCGCCAAAGCAAGAUUUUGCAAUGCUUCUAAUGGAGAGACAGCAAACUAGACGGGACCCGGCGAGGGCUCGACACGGCGGGCUGCUGGCGCGGCUGGCCCCGCCGGCGGGCGAGCCGGCGCCGCCCGACGCCGCCGACGGGCCGGCCGCCGAGCCGGUCGGCAGCUCCAACGGGCCCGACCUGCUUACCAUGCAGGCGCGCAUCCCGUACCAGUUCCGCGAGCCGGCACAGGCGCCGCUGCGCAAGCUCAGCGUCGACCUCAUCAAGACGUACAAACACAUCAACGAGGUCUACUACACGACGAAGCGCCGCCAGCAGAGCCAGCGGGACGAAGGCGGCCACAAGAAGGAGCGUCGGCUCUACAACGACGGCUACGACGACGACAACCACGACUACGUCAUCAAGAACGGCGAGAAGUUCCUCGAUCGGUACGAGAUCGACUCGCUUAUCGGCAAGGGCUCUUUCGGCCAGGUGGUGAAGGCGUACGACCACGAGGAGCAGUGCCACGUGGCCAUCAAGAUCAUCAAGAAUAAACGGUGCUUCCUCAACCAGGCGCAGAUCGAGGUCCGCCUGCUGGAGAUGAUGAACCGCGCCGACUCCGACAACCAGUACUACAUCGUGCGCCUGCGCCGACACUUCAUGUGGCGCAGCCACCUGUGCCUGGUGUUCGAGCUGCUGUCGUACAACCUGUACGACCUGCUGCGCAACACCAACUUCCGCGGCGUGUCGCUCAACCUGACGCGCAAGUUCGCGCAGCAGCUGUGCCGCGCGCUGCUCUUCCUGGGCACGCCCGAGCUGAACAUCAUCCACUGCGACCUCAAGCCGGAGAACAUCCUGCUCUGCAACCCCAAGCGCUCGGCCAUCAAGAUCGUCGACUUUGGCAGCUCGUGCCAGCUGAACCAGCGGAUGUACCAGUACAUCCAGUCGCGGUUCUACCGGUCGCCGGAGGUGCUGCUGGGCAUCCCGUACGAGCUGGCCAUCGACAUGUGGUCGCUCGGCUGCAUCCUGGUCGAAAUGCACACCGGCGAGUCGCUCUUCAGCGGCGCCAACGAGGUGGACCAGAUGAACAAGAUCGUCGAGGUGUUGGGCAUGCCGCCCAAGGCGAUGCUGGACCAGGCGCCGAAGACCCGCAAGUACUUCGACAAGCUGCCGGACGGCACGCACGUGCUGAAGAAGGGCACAGCGGAGAAGUAUCGGCCGCCGGGCUCGCGCAAGCUGCACGACAUCCUGGGCGUGGAGACGGGCGGUCCGGGCGAGCGCAGGCUCGGCGAGCUGGGCCACAGCGUGGCCGACUACCUCAAGUUCAAGGACCUCAUCCUCAAGAUGCUCGACUACGACCCGAAGACGCGCAUCACGCCCUACUACGCGCAGCAGCACAACUUCUUCAAGCGCACGAGCGACGGCAGCACCAACACGGGCGGCUCGAGCGGUACCAAGCCCGGCGCUGGAGAACGGCGUCGCCAGCCCGGCCGUCCGGCGCGCGCCCGUUGUCAGUGCCUGACGCUGGCAGACAUAUCCGUUGGCUCGUGCGCCGCCCGCGGUUGCGGACGCCGCGUCUACCGGGUGCCGCGGUGCGCCGUCCGCGCUGCCCUUCCGUGCGUCUCGGCCGCCGAGCGACCCUGCUGA